GAUCGCUCAGUCGCGCACGUAGACUCGUGCGUCGGUCGAUGGUCUACGAUAAAGCGCUAUCAGCCGCCUAUGCUCCAAGACCGAACGCGAUGGUAGUAGUCACCGAAUGACGCCACGACGGCCACCUAACGGAAGUGAACCGAGUGUAAACCGAAGGCAACGUUGUCGUAAACGGGGAUGUCGCGCAUCUAUUUCCGAACACGUUGUAAUCGGGGUCGAAGGGGACUGUGGAUCCUGUGGAUCACUGACUGGUGCAAAGUGGCCAGGAUGAUCCGUGCGGUGUGAGGGCUAGUCGUGUCGUCGUUAAUUGGCAGUUGCACUCCUAAUUUCGUGUGAUUACUAAUUACGCGGACAUAACGAGAAAGACAAGAGCAGAUAGAGACAGACGGACCUCGAACGAGUGUCAGGAGGCUCAUCUCGUCCGUCGCGUCGCGCAACUGUCACGAGUGUCACCAAGUACCGAGCGCUUGCAAAGGACUCGAGCAAGGAAAAGAAAAGAAGCGGCAGUGGUUGCGAAACGUCACGCGCGAUCGUUGGCAAUCUGUGAUCCCUCGUCCAUCCAUUCGUCCAUCCAUACGUGCGUGCGUGCGUGCGCGCGUACGGCUCGUCGCGAGUGGCGCACGAGGUGGACGAGGUGAGUCCACGACCGUCCACGAUAGCAAAAGAGAGAAAGAGACGGUGACGCGCAGAUAAUGCGAUGAGACAACGCGCGUCAAGCCGCCGUCCGUCGAUCCUCACGCAGCGAAACGGCAGCACGAGACUGCUCGAGCGCGUUUACCCGCGUUCCCUGUGCUAUACCCCGGACGACGGUAUCGCACGCAGGAGGUUAUAAGCGCGAGUUAUGCGCCUGACGUCCGGCCCGUCGACGAACGACGAUUGCGGUGGACCGUUACACGAGCCACCUUCCACAGGUCCGGCGAAUGGACGACCCGCCGACCAACGCGCUUCUUCAUGAUCCACACUCGAAGACGCGCAUCUCUUUGCGCUCUUUAACGCCUCCGACGACGUCCCGUAGCCUGCCGUAGCCCGAGAUCCGUUUAACUGGCUGUGAAAAGUGCAACGUAUCGAGUCCAAAGAAUAUAUAGAUAGAUAUAUAUAUAUAUAUAAUAUACAUAUAUAAAACACUGGUCAAAAUGGAUCAAGAAACGGUGUACGGCACGCACGAAGAUAGCCAUGUUGUCAUGUCGGAAAAAGUACAGUCUUUGGCAGGCAGCAUCUAUCAAGAGUUUGAGAAGAUGAUAGCGAGAUACGAUGAGGAUGUAGUGAAAGACUUGAUGCCUCUACUAGUCAAUGUAUUAGAAUGUCUUGAUAUAUCAUAUACCGAGAAUCAAGAACGUGAGGUCGAACUAGAGCUAUUAAGAGAAGACAAUGAGCAGCUUGUCACACAGUACGAAAGAGAGAAGCAAUUGAGAAAAGCAUCAGAUCAGAAACUUCUCGAAUUGGAAGAUGUUUCCGAGGAUGAAAGGAAGGAGCUUCUAUCAAAAAUUGAUAGCUUGGAAUCUAUCGUAAGAAUGCUGGAACUGAAGACAAAGAACUCUCAUGAUCACGUUGGUCGGCUUGAGGAGAAGGAAGCUGAAUUGAAACGCGAGUAUUCUCGGUUGCACGACAGAUAUACAGAAUUAUUCAAGACUCAUGUCGAUUACAUGGAGAGGACUAAAAUGCUGGUUGGUAGUACAGAAAGAUUGGAGAGUGUAUCUGCUAGCCGUGCGCCAUCACGGUUACCUUCCCUUGGACUUGCUCAUAUGUCACGCAGUUCUGGGCCGCUUAGUUAUGGCUUCCAAAGUUUGGAAGCUAGCAUAAACGCCGAAGAUGUUCAAGAGGAUAUUGUACCAAAUAUCGUCAACUUGAGAACUGAAAUGUUGGAUAGUAGCAGCGAAGCCGCUAUCGAAACAUCUGACAAAAGCCAACUAACCGAUCAACCACUACAAGAGAAUAAGACUACAGCUAUAUCUAGACGUAUGUUGUAUGAAAGUCCGGAAACGGAAGUACCGCCAACUUUAAUAACGCCGACAACACCGACCACGGGUAUAGAGAAGUUAGCGACUACACCAGGAGGUAGAAGCAGGACCGAAAGAGAGCAACGAAGUGGCAAUACGUUGUAUCAGGAGCUAAGUUUUCAAGAUGCUGAUGCUCUGGGUGAAAUGGACGAGGGUGCAGAUAUUACUGGAAGUUUAGUACAUCCUGGAGAAUACGCUUCGUCAGUGAAUGACAACUUCUUUGGUAUGGGAAAAGAAGUAGAAAAUCUUAUUAUGGAGAACAAUGAAUUGCUAGCAACAAAAAAUGCGCUUAAUGUUGUCAAGGAUGAUCUAAUUGUUAAAGUGGAUGAAUUGACGAGUGAGCAAGAAAUAUUACGAGAAGAGGUUCGAGGUUUACAGCAAGCACGUGAACGAUUGCGGCAACGAAUUGCUGCCCUUGAAGAAGAACUGAAGAAAGUCAAAGAAGAAGCAGAAGCGGCAGCAAAAGCCACAAAGAGUGAUGACGAGGAGGAUGUGCCUCUAUCUCAGAGGAAACGAUUUACACGUGUGGAGAUGGCAAGGGUGCUCAUGGAACGAAAUCAGUAUAAGGAACGGUUUAUGGAGCUCCAAGAGGCCGUCAGGUGGACAGAGAUGAUAAGAGCCAGCAAGACCGAUCCUUCCAGCAUCUCAGGUGGAAAGGGUUCAGUGUGGAAGUUUUUUAGCAAUCUCUUCACAGGUCCGGCUGAUCGAGGAACGUUAGUGCGUACUACGCACACAUUGCCACACGUGCGGUACAGCGCACCUGCGAAUCAGAUUGUCCCAGCUCCGCCCUUGGAUGCCAUGCGUAGACGUACGUUGAAAAGUCGCCAAGACUUUCUCGACCAAGGAGACACCAUAGAUACCUGGUUUUUCUGGCUUCGGGUGGGGUGCUUAUUGGUCAGCAGAUCAUCCGAAAAGCUCGUAGCAAGACGCGCAAGUGAGCGAAGAGAACAGUAUCGUCAGGUACGAGCACACGUUAAAAAAGAGGAUGGUCGUCUACAAGCUUAUGGAUGGAGUUUACCGGGGAAGCCAAGCGCUCCCGUCAGGCAACCUCCUGUUCCAGUUCCAGUAUAUUGUCGACCCCUACAAGAAACCGAGCCAGGCAUGAAGAUUUGGUGUGGCGCCGGGGUAAAUCUGAGCAGUGGUAAAACGCGUGACGGCGGAUGUAUGGUCGGUGGAAGUGUGUUCUACGCGGCUGAAGCCCAAGAGACAAGUAAUACGAAGGCGGAAGCUGAAGAUGCCGUUGAGCACCUGGACAAAGAGCUUCAGGAGAACGAAAACCGACGGCUCGAAGCGGAACAAUGGGAGCAACAACUCAGUUCGCUCGUCUGGAUUUGCACCUCGACGCAGAAGAUGUCCAAAGUCACGGUGAUUGAUGCAAAUAAUCCGGCGGACGUUCUGGAAGUGUUUAACGUUUGUCAGGGACACCUGCUCUGCAUCGCGAGCGUACCCGGUGCCAAAGAAAGUGAUUACACACAAUCCUCGAACGAGAACUCGCUUCGCAAUUCGGCGAAUGACAGCGAGAACAACAACGGCGUCUGUGAGGAUGUUACAAAUGCAAACGAGAAUGUCGAGCAGAAUAGCCAGAAAAAUCAUCAGAAUGCUGAAAUUAUCAUCGAUAAAAAUAAAAGUGAAUCUAAUAAUCAAUCAGAGGAUCAGGUCAACGAAAAUACUGAAAAGUCUGCUGAGACGGAUCAGAAUUCCACGAACGAACCGCAAAGUUUAGAAAGUGUAGACAGCGAGACCGCUAACUUGGGAAAAGUAAAUUUUAUACGAUAUAACGCAGAAACACAUUCGCGACCGAACGACAAAGAUACCGCGAACGAAGAGACAAAAGAGGAAGUCAUUGAGGAGACAUCCAUCGAAAAAAUGUCGUCCAUACAACCGACAAUGUGGCUCGGAGCUCAAAAUGGUGCAGUUUUUGUUCAUUCAGCCGUUGCUAAAUGGUCAGUGUGCUUGCACUCCGUGAAACUGAGGGAUGCAGCAUUAGCCAUUGUACAUGUGCAAGGUCGAGUUCUGGUCGCUUUAGCGGAUGGAACUGUAACGAUAUUUCGUAGAGGCGCAGAUGGGCAAUGGGAUUUGUCUCAAUAUCACGUGAUUACACUCGGCAGCCCUCAACAUUCCAUUAGAUGCAUGACUGCAGUAAGCGGAAAAACAGUGUGGUGUGGUUAUAGAAACAAGAUUCAUGUGAUUGAUCCUCUUUCGAUGACACUUGAGUGCACAGUGGACGCACAUCCUCGUAGAGAAUCUCAAGUGCGGCAAUUAGCGUGGCUCGGUGAUGGUGUAUGGGUCAGUAUCAGACUUGAUUCAACGUUAAGACUAUAUCAUGCUCAUACCUAUCAGCAUCUCCAAGACGUUGAUAUAGAACCGUACGUCAGCAAGAUGCUCGGUACGGGAAAACUUGGAUUCUCCUUUGUGCGCAUUACUGCACUACUCAUUUCCUCGAAUAGGCUAUGGAUUGGUACUGGUAACGGAGUGAUAAUCUCGGUACCGUUGUCAGAAAGUGCAGGUGGUUCGAUGACAGUAGCCAGAGUGCAGACGGGUAACAACAAAAGUGACGCGCCGGGAGUCGGUGUUCGAAUCUUCGCAUCGGAACGAGGUGUCACACCGGGAAGUUUCAUACCUUAUUGCAGCAUGGCCCACGCGCAGCUCAGCUUUCAUGGCCAUAGAGACGCUGUGAAGAUGUUUGUCGCUGUACCUGGUCAUGGUGGUCAGAGCGCGAUAACGGACGGAACACAACCUGCGAUGCUCGUUCUUUCUGGCGGUGAAGGUUACAUCGAUUUCAGAGUUGCAGAUGAAGCUGAAGACGAGAGUGAUGUGGCAACACACCUAAUUGUAUGGCAGAUGGUCAGGUGAUGGAGAGGAGACAGAGGAGACUAUAGACCGCUCGACUACCACGGUUAGCAACGAAGAACACGGAGAACAGAGUCAUUUGAUUGUGUGGCAAGUACAAUGUCCUUUACCGGUGCCAAUCAAUGGCUAACCUAUGGACGAGAUAGACAAGCGUGAUUUACUGGGCGCUUGCAGCGCAUCACAUAUGUCGUCGAUGGAUUACCGGAUCACGGAUCAAGUUUCGGAUUUUGAAUUAUUGAUUCAAAUCCUCGUCGCUAUGAACUAAUUGUGUGCUACCUAGAUAUAGUGAUAUAACGUUCGUAGCAAAAUUAAUAAUUCUUAAAGUAAUCACAAUUUUUCAUAUUAUCAGAGACGAUGAUAGAUAAUGGUCAAAUCAUGAAUUUUUCGGUGAGUCAUUGAUCAGUAUUACGAUAUUCUUCCAUAAUGGAGGCACACUAUGUGACGUUUUUUGCAUGUGUGUGUGAGCAAAAUUUUUGGAAGGAGGGAAGUUUAUCAAUUUUGUCAACGCAACUAGAAUUAUUUUUAACUCCGAUACUGAUCAUCUUUUUUCGUUAAGCUGCGCAUUCUUUAACUUAAGCUGCGUACGUAGGAUCAAAUUGUUUUUUAAGUGACAUGUGCUACAAGGUUUCUCACGACGAGUGUUCAUUUUAGAAUAUCACAUUUUACGAAUGGCGGGGAGGUAGCGUUAUUUCAACUAAUCAUUGUGAUAAUAUGACGACGAUAUACUGUAACGCGGGACGAGAUGAGUUUUGAAGCUGCCGUUGGCACAAUUGCUACAAUAAAAACAAUCGUUCGAAGUUACUUCGCGUUAUGUACCUGUCGCGAGAGUAUUUCUCAAUCGCCGUUAUACACGCAGUACGCAGAAGAUGCAAUAAGAUGCGUGCAACUCAGGCAGAUUUUUAGGCGUAAUGUAAUAUUAAUUUUCCGUCGGAGAGUAUAUUAUUUUCCAGACCUAAUAAAUUUUAUUCGCGUACAUCGUGUCGAGCAUAACGAUAAUAAUAUAUAUAAAUAUAUAUAUAAUUAUAAUAUAUAUUCCUCUCUUUUCUCCCCUUGAUCAAGCAUCGUUAGAUCAUGCUCGGUGAAAUGUAGCUAUUUACACGAUUAUUAGGAGCGAUUCGUCAAUGAUGUAAAUAACAAUAAGAUGUUUAUAUAUAGCAUCGUUAUAUAGAUUUGUUAUUUAAUUUCUUCUUGAGUAGUUAUUUUACAAAUACGUAAGACCUGUUCUUUAUUCUUGCAAUUUUAACUCCCUUAAUACGCUACCAAAGAAGCGGAACGGUGAUCCGAUCAUGUUUGUAUUAUUUACAACGAGAAUUGUGCUUUAAAGAGGAAUGUUUGCUCUUUUUUUUUCCUUUUAGCUCUCGGCCGAGCCAAUUGAUAUCUGGACUGAUAAAAUUUUAUAAAUUCCCACUAAUGAGGCAACGCGAUUUAGAUGACAAUUUUUAGACACGCGAUAAGAAGGCUGCGCAUUAUUGUGCGAGCCAGCUUUAAAUGUCGAGCUCGGAAUUGUAGUUGGCUCAGGUGGCGUUGUAACGGCAUUAAUAAACGAAGUUACAGAACUAAAA